AUGGUCUGCAACAUCCCGUCGGCCGCAUGGGGCCUGUCGGUCCUCGCCGCGUGUGCCCGCGCUGCCAACUUCCCGCCCACCCCGUCAGACAAGACGACGCCGGUGCAGCAGCGCAUUGCCGUCAAUGGUGCUAACUGUACAUAUGAGUGGGACGGAACGCCGACUAACAAUGCAGCCAUGUCUGUUGGCUGGAACACCUUUGAGCAGCUCGACAAGCCCUGCGUCAACUACGGCACCUCGCCCGACAAGCUCACCUCGCAGGCUUGCGGUACGUCUGUCACGUACGACACGGCGCGCACCUACUCCAACGCCGCGUCCCUGACUGGCCUCACGCCGGCGACCACCUACUACUACAAGAUCGUGUCGACCAACUCGACCGUCGAGCACUUCUUGAGCCCUCGCCUGCCCGGCGACACCACGCCGUUCCAGAUGAACAUUGUCAUCGACCUCGGCGUGUACGGUGUGGACGGCUACACGAUCGGCAUGGACAUGUCCAAGCGCGACACCAUUCCGACUAUCCAGCCCUCGCUCAACCACACGACCAUUGGUGCCCUCGCCGAGACCAUCAAUGACUACGAGUUCAUCAUCCAUCCGGGCGACCUGGCGUAUGCCGACGACUGGGUCUACAAUGCCGCCAACAUCCUUGACAGCCACCAGGCGUACGAGGCCAUUCUCGAGGAGUUUUACAACCAGCUGGCCCCCAUUGCCGCCCGCAAGCCGUACCUGGCGUCCCCCGGUAACCAUGAGGCCGCCUGCCAGGAGAUCCCAUACACGUCGGCCCUGUGCCCGUCCGGGCAGCACAACUUUACGGAUUUCAUGAACCGCUUCGGCCGCACGAUGCCGUCGGCGUUUGCCUCGACAUCGUCCAACAGCGACGCCAAGAUCUCGGCCAACACGGCGCGCCAGCUGGCCAACCCGCCGUUCUGGUACUCGUUCGAGUACGGCAUGGUGCACGUCGUGAUGAUUGACACCGAGACGGAUUUCCCCAAUGCGCCCGACAGCCAGAGCGGCAGCGCGCACCUCGGCGCCGGUCCCUUUGGCUCGCUCGGGCAGCAGCUGGCGUUCCUCGAGGCCGACCUGGCGUCCGUCGACCGCACCGUCACGCCGUGGGUUGUUGUCGGCGGCCACCGCCCUUGGUACUCGACGGGCGGCAGCGGCAACAUCUGCUCGCCGUGUCAGAAGGCGUUUGAGCCGCUCUUUUACAAGUACGGCGUGGACGUGGGCAUUUUCGGCCACGUGCACAACUCGCAGCGCUUCCUGCCGGUCAACAACAGCGUGGCGGAUCCGGCGGGGAUGCAGAACCCCAAGAGCCCCGUGUACAUUGUGGCGGGCGGUCCGGGCAACGUCGAGGGCCUGAGCGCGGUGGGCGCCAACUACUCGACGAACGUGUUUGCGUACGCCGACGACUUUUCGUAUGCGUCCAUUACGUUCCAGGACAGCAAGCACCUCAAGAUUGAUUUCUACCAGUCGUCGACGGGCCGGGUGUUGGACAGCUCUGUGCUGUACAAGGAGCAUGCGGAGCAGUUUGUUUUGCAGUGA